CGGAUCUUGGAUCAGUCGUAAGAGUGGAAGAGAAGUGAACUUUUCAUCGUUUCAGAGUUGAUGGAAGAGGAAGAAGCUUGAUUAUGUAAACUGGAACCAGAGGGGAUAAAAAGAAGGAUCGAGGUUAAGAGCUCUGUCUGAGCUGCAGCACUCCGCCAAGUCUGGACUUGCUUUCCCAAUCCAGGCAGCUUUAUUACACAGGUGUGUUCAGGCAUCCCACCCAUCUUUCUGUUCCUGAAUAUGGCACAGCAGGAAGAACCUCUCUAUGAUUUUCCAGAGCCCACCAAGCCCUCACAGCGUAAGUUCAUGGGGCAUCAAAGAAGCAGAGGAUCUCUGAGGAGCAUCAGUGUGCUGGACCGUCUCCUGCUCACUGUUCCUGUUUGGCUCCAGCUGUCAAUCAACCCUGCCACUGCACUCCACAUACUCCAGAGGGAGCCUCCUGGGACCUUCCUAGUGCGAAAGUCUCGCACAUCCCAAAGGAAUGUCCUGUGUGUCCGUUUGGCAGAUGACAGCGUCCCAUCCUUUGUUCAGCAGUUUGGCAUCAGGGAGGAGAGCUCCAGUAAAACUCUGUGUCUGGAAACUUCAGCCAUCAGCUUUCCAGAUCUUCCAAGACUUAUUUCCUUCUAUUGUGUCAGCAGAGAUGUACUGCCCUUCCCUCUGGAGCUUCCUGAAGCUAUUGCAAGGGCGUCAUCCCACAAAGAGCUGGAGUCCAUUUCACAUAUGGGAGUAGAGUUCUGGAACUCACACCUAAAUGUACGAGGGCCUCGAGAAGCUCCACAGUCACAGGAAAACCAGGAGAAGACACCCAUACCUGAAACCCCGGCUCCUCCCUCUGCUGCUCCACCAACUAGCUCCACAGCUCUGCCUGAUUCAGCUCCCCAGCCUGACUCUGAGUCGGCACCCAAAUCAGACUCCAAACCACCUGGUCCUGGUUCCACCCUGUUUCAUGAGUUUUGUCCGAUCACAACUCGCAGCCCCCAAGAGCUGGACUGUGGCUCUGGCCUGGGUGCUCUCUGUUUCAUCAACCCUCUUUUUCUGCAGUCCCAGAACCCUCUGUCCCGACGGCGCAUGUUCAAACGGAGCCUCAAGGUCCGCGUUUCCACAGAGACAUCGUCCUUGCUUUCACCCCCACUUAUUCCUCCUCCUCCACCUCCUCUAAUGCCCAAAACCAGAGGGAGAUGUAAAGCCCAGAAACAGGGAAAUAAAAACACUCAGAUUGAUCCCACAAUUCAGGACUGCUCCACUGAGGGCAGCCCAAAGCCUCCCUCAGCUGCUCCUCUCUUUCAGAAUGAGAUGCAGGAGCACGAGGAGGCUGCAGAUCAGCUACCACCAGUGAUGGGGAACCUUUUAGAGGACUCAGACUACAUGCAGCCCCCUUCAACAAUCACGACCUCCCAUACUCCUUCACUCUCUCCUUACCUCUCCCCUUCUGUCCCACCAAUGGCGCCUCCCAUUUUCCCCAAAGUAUCCCAAUCCUUCUCUCCUCAUGACUCUCCCGGUGCGUCUCCCUCUCUCUCUCCUUACCAAUCUCCAUGUCUUUCUCCCAGGGCGCUGUCUUCCCUCUCCCCGUAUGAGUCACCCAAUGCCUCUCCCUCCGUGUCGCCAUCUCCUUCUCCUCAAGUCCCCUUCUCACUCUCUCCCUUCACCUCUCCAGCUUUCCCUGACCUGGUGGAGCAGGUCUAUCACACACCUGUGUCUUCUCCAAGACCAGAUCAGUUGAGACAAGAGAGAGAGACUGAGAUGGAGGGAACAGGUGUGGAUGAAAAGAAAACAAAUGAGGACCUAAACAAGAAGGAAGAGGACGGUCUGGUUUUACAGAUGAGUGCUGCUGCUCUGAGUGACAACUGCAGUUCUUCUUUUAGGGUUGAGGAGACAGCAGAGAGUUCAUCUCAAAAACAGGAUGAUGGUGCAUGCCUGUAGUGAACACAUUUUAGACUUUUUGUUUCAUUAUGAAGCACUUCAUUGACUAACAAAGAGUAGCUAUGUUGAUAUAUUUUGCAAAUAUGGUAGAUGUGCAGAUGUAUUCAUGCUUCUCCUUAGCCCUACUGGUUAGAGUAAUUUAGAAUCAGUCUUUCUGAAACUGGCCAUUCCAGGUGUCACCACUUUCUGCAUUUAACCUAAUUCUUUUUUCAACCAGAGGUAUUCCUGAUGUAUGGUUAUUGUCUCAUGUGCUUUCUUCAACAACCAUCUUAUCUCCAAACUACCCUGUCUAGCAAAAUUCACAGAAUUUUUGGCAAAUAAUCAGCUGAAGUCCUUUCUUCAGAUCACUCAGCACUGAACCCACAUCCAUUGGUGUCCCAAAAAAUCAUAUACAAAUGACAUAUUAGCAUUACACAAGAAGCAUCAUUGAACUGCCAUUUUUAUCAACUCUGUCAAGUUUUGAUGGUCAACACCACCUACUAGGGUUUGAAAAAACUGUGCUUUGUUUCAGGAUUAGCUGUUUAAAAUAAUCUAAUUUGUACUGACAGAACAUACCAAAUCAGAUUAUUUAAAAAAAUGCUAAUCACAUUAUGUACAACAUCAUCUCCUCUUUGAAUGUCAUGCAUGUCCAUCAUUAUGUGAUGACUCUUUUGCCAAUCAAACCAUACAUUAGUAGAAUAGAGUUAAUGCUUUUGCUGUUUUCACAAAGUCAGUCAAAUGGAUUAUGAAAGUGUCUAAACAGUUGUAGAAUUAUGAGAGUAACAUAAAAUAUUUGCAGAGAAUUAAAUGUACUUAAUGUGUGUGAACACUCUUCAAAUGCAUUUUUCUGUUGUUCUGCAGGAAAAGAAUUAUAAAAAAAGGGUUCUGUUAUGGAUCACCACUAGUUUUGUAUAUUUUGACUUUUUCUAAAAGUCACUCAAGCCUGCAAUGAACUUGGUAAAACUGUUUUUAUGGAAUUCUGUCAGAAACACUCCUAACACUGACGAUCCUCCCUCCCCUGCAGUUUGAUUUCUUGCCAGUGUGAAGCAAAUGGCAAAGUUUUUUUUUUUUUGCUUUUGUGUUGACUUUUUAUGUUUGUUUGUGUUAAUGGGCUUGUAAUUUUUAACACAUUAGAAGAGAAAAACUUUAUUGCUCCUUGAGAACGAAUAAAAAAUUA